AGUACGAGACUAGAACACGCAACCACAGGGGUCCAUAGGCGAUGAACAGUGAAGAUCUGGAUAAACUGUACACUAACAAUGAACCGCGAAAACAUGGGAUAACAAGGGAAAACAAAUUAUAAUUUAUCCUCGAUUCGGGAUAGGAACAAGAUAAAAUGAAUUUGUUGUGGGGAAACCAUCAUUCUUUCUUUUCUCUCAUUUUAUGCCAUUCUCCUUGGACGCUGAGCUGGAAUAAAGAUCUAGGAACAGCUGGAGCCGGUGAUCAUGGAACAGGGAUGUUGUCAUCUGAGUAAACGAAGUUCAUCGAUUAUGGAAUAUAUGGAAAAAGCUUGACUUGAAUAAGACAAUGGAAAGUUAGUAGUUGGAGAGCCGUUAUCACUUUCUCAUCACACGGGAGUUCUAUAUCCAGAAGAUCAUCCGCUCAGGAGAUGUCAUAUUUUUUUCUGGAAUAAUGCAGAAGAGGCGAGACCGUCAUCAAAUAUGAUUCGUGUCUGACACAUUCGCAGGUUUGAGUGAUAAGCCUAUUGCUAUUGUUGACGAUUAAAUAUAUUGUCACUGCGAAUCGGUAAAGAGGUGAUAACACUUAAAUUGUCAGUUUUUGAACUGGUUUAAUUAACAUACCAUUAAUAUGAAUGGUAUUUUUCUAUAGUAGUUUCUCUAGGUACAUUCAGAUUUUUUCCCUAUUAGAUACUGUAUGAUAGACGAGAAAUAACGAGCCCGUAGACUACUGGUGACAUCACCCCAGUCAGAUCUACUGCUGUACAGUAAAUAUCAACAAUGGUAGAGCCUGUGGGAUUUAUUGAAGCAUGGAAAGCACAGUUCCCCGAGUCGGACCCCCCAAAGAUGGAGCUUAGGUCAGUGGGGUGCAUCGAACAGGAGCUUGAGAAGUGCAAAGCCUCCAUCCGGCGGCUAGAGCUGGAGGUGAACAAGGAGCGCUUCCGUAUGAUCUAUCUGCAGACGCUGCUGGCCAAGGAGAGGAAGAGUUAUGACCGCCAGCGCUGGGGUUUCAGGAAGGCCCAGGUGAACGAGGGAGGGGACCAGGCAGGGCUUGGCGCUGAGUCUCAGCAGCCACACGUGCAGGAACAGGGGGAGCGGAGCCGGUUCCAACCGGUGGGGGAGGCUAGGUCCAAACCUAGACCCCCUCCAGCCCGGAAGUCAUCCUCCCACGGAGACGGGCUGGAGCUCCAGUCUGCCUACGAGGUACCCCAGCAGGUAGAGCCCUGUGAGACAGACGGCCUCUCGCCCUCCAAACAGAAAGGAGGUAUAUCCCCUCGCCGCCAAAACCCACCCCCAAACAAGGACCUACUGUCUGACCCCAAUGACAAGCUUGGCAUGGGACUGGGGGUGGCAGCGCUAAGGUCUAACUUUGAGAGGAUCAAGCGGGCAAACUCUCACUCUGCCGGGGAUGGAGGGAAGAGCCAGGAGAAGCAGCAGCCCUUCUACACCAACAUGGACUUCCACCAUGACAGGGGCCUGGUCAGGGUCAAUGACCGAGACGUCUCUGACAAGAUCAGCACCCUGGGCAGCCAGGCCAUGCAAAUGGAGCGCAAGAGAUCUCUGCACUCCCUGCCAGGCAACUUGGCCACUGUGGCAGGUGAGCUCCGCACUCGGCCUGUCUACAGGGGGCGCUCUACAGAGAGCACCUGUGGGUACGAUGCUGAAUACGAGGAUGGGGACCCCAACCCACGCCACCCCAAGGCCAACGGGGGCAAACAGCCCCCUCCACCCCCGUGGCACCCCUCUGACUUCCAGCCUUACACCAGCGUCUACGUGGGCGGGGUGAUGAUGGGUGAGGGUGGGGGGGAUGGAAGAGGGGGCGUCAUCAUGAGGGACCACAUCGGAGAAGAGCACCACCUGACCUGGCCCCGGCGCUCCUACUCUCCCGGUAGCUUUGAGGACGUGGGGGGCGGAGGCGGCGGCUACACACCAGACUGUAGUUCCAAUGAGAAUCUAACAUCCAGUGAGGAGGACUUCUCGUCUGGCCAGUCCAGCCAUGUGUCACCCAGUCCCACCACUGCCUACCGCCGGCCCUUCAGGGAGAAGAGCCGCUCACCCUCGCAGAACUCCCAGAACUCCCAGCAUUCGUUUGACAGCAGCAGUCCCCCCACGCCACAGUCCCAGAAGCGCCACCACCAGCAGGGCCACGUGGUCAUGUCUGAAGCUACCAUUGUGAGCGUCCGCAAGACUGGCCAGAUCUGGCCCCCACUCGAUCCGAACUCCACACCGGCCAGCAGAGCCUCCCAUGACAACAGUUUCCAUGGAGACCUGGAUGGUCCGUUCACGGGGACCCCUCCCACUUACGGGUACGAUGCGGACCGUGCGGAGGAGCAGAGGCGCCACCAUGAUAUCCUGCCAUACAUCGACGACUCGCCCUCCUCUUCGCCACACCUCAGCUCCAAGAGCCGCAGCAGCCGAGACACCCUCUCCUCCGGAUCCCUUGAGUCCUCCAAGUCGACGGAGUUGGACUUAGAGAAAGGCCUGGAGAUGAGGAAGUGGGUUCUGUCUGGGAUCCUAGCCAGCGAGGAGACCUACCUCAGCCACCUGGAGGCACUGCUACUGCCUAUGAAGCCUCUGAAGGCAGCAGCUACCACGUCCCAGCCCGUGCUGACCAUCCCCCAGAUCGAGACCAUCUUCUUCAAAGUGCCCGAGCUUUACGAGGUCCACAAGGAGUUCUACGACAGCCUGCUCCCCCGGGUGCAGCAUUGGAGCCACCAGCAGCGCGUGGGGGACCUCUUCCAGAAACAGGCCAGCCAGCUGGGAGUUUACCGGGCCUUUGUGGACAACUACGAGGUUGCUGUGGAGACGGCUGAGAAGUGCUGUCAGGCCAACACGCAGUUUGCUGAAAUCUCUGAGAACCUCAAGGUGAGGAGCACCAAGGACUUGAAGGACCAGUCAGCCAAGAACUCUCUGGAGACUCUCCUGUACAAACCAGUGGACAGAGUUACUCGUAGCACCCUGGUACUGCAUGACUUGCUGAAGCACACGCCCUCUAGCCACCCAGACCACCCCCUGCUCCAGGACGCACUCCGCAUCUCCCAGAACUUCCUGUCCAGCAUCAACGAGGAGACCACGCCCAGACGCCAGUCCAUGACUGUCAAGAAGGGAGAGAACCGCCAGCUGCUGAAGGACAGCUUCAUGGUGGAGCUGGUGGAGGGAACCAGGAAGCUCCGCCAUGUUUUCCUCUUCACCGACCUGCUGCUCUGCGCCAAGCUCAAGAAACAGAUCGGAGGGAAGAGUCAGCAGUAUGAUUCCAAGUGGUACAUCCCUCUGUCAGACCUAACCUUCCAGAACGCAGAUGAGUCUGAGCCUCUGCCCAUCCCCCAGGUGCCUGACGAGGAGCUGGACACCAUGAAGGUCAAGAUCUCUCACAUCAAGAGUGAGAUCCAGAGAGAGAAGCGAGCCAACAAAGGGUCGAAGGUGAUUGACAGGUUGAGGAAGAAGCUGUCGGAGCAGGAGUCUCUUCUGCUGCUCACCUCCCCCAGUAUGGCCCUCAGAGUACACAACAGGAACGGCAAGGGUUACAUGUUUCUGAUGUCAUCAGACUACGAGCGCGCUGAGUGGAAGGAGACGAUCCAGGAACAGCAGAAGAAAUGCUUCAAGAGCUUCUCCCUGACCUCCAUGGAGCUACAGAUGUUGACCAACUCGUGUGUGAAGCUGCAGACUGUUCACCACAUUCCACUCACCAUCAACAAAGAAGGCCAAGAGGAUGAAUCCCCUGGCCUCCAUGGAUUCCUGAAUGUAAUCGUCCACUCUGCAUCGGGCCUCAAACAGAGCUUGAAUCUGUACUGCACGUUAGAGGUGGACUCCUUUGGCUACUUUGCGAACAAAGCCAAGACGCGGGUGUAUCGCUAUACCACAGAGCCCAAAUGGAACGAGGAGUUUGAGAUAGACCUGGAGGGCUCUCAGACCCUGAGGCUGCUGUGUUAUGAGAAGAGCUACAACAAGACCAAGCAGAACAAAGAGGACGGAGACAGCACCGACCGCAUCAUCGGCAAAGGACAGAUCACGCUUGAUCCCCAGACGCUCCUAGGCAAGGACUGGCAGAGAACGGUCAUCCCCAUGACCGGGAUGGAGGUAAAGCUUUCUAUGAAGUUUACCAGCCGAGAGUUUAGUCUGAAGAGGAUGCCGUCACGGAAACCCAUGGGCGUGUUCGGAAUCAAGAUUUCCACGGUGACCAAACGGGAGCACUCCAAGGUGCCCUAUAUCGUCAGACAGUGUCUGGAGGAGAUUGAGCGGAGGGGGAUGGAGGAGGUGGGCAUCUACCGAGUCUCAGGGGUGGCUACAGACAUCCAGGUCCUGAAGGCUGCCUUCGACACCAACAACAAAGACGUGUCUGUGAUGAUGAGUGAGAUGGAUGUGAACGCCAUUGCUGGGACUCUGAAGCUGUACUUCAGAGAGCUGCCAGAACCCCUCUUCACUGACGACCUGUACCCCAACUUCGCAGGAGGCAUUGCCCUGUCUGACAGUGUUGCCAAAGAGAGCUGCAUGCUGAAUCUACUGCUGUCACUGCCAGAACCCAACCUGGUCACAUUCCUCUUCCUUCUGGAUCACUUGAAGAGGGUGGCUGACAAGGAGAGCAUCAACAAGAUGUCCCUCCACAACCUGGCCACAGUGUUUGGCCCCACCCUGCUGCGGCCUGCAGAGAAGGACAGCAAGAUCCCCACCAACCCCACGCAGCCUAUCAGCAUGGGAGACAGCUGGUCCCUGGAGGUCAUGUCACAGGUCCAGGUGUUGCUGUACUUCCUCCAGCUGGAGACCAUCCCCACGCCGGACAGUAAGCGUCAGAGCAUCCUCUUCUCCACCGAAGUGUAGUGUUCCACAGGUUCCCAUCAUGAUGACAAUGGGAGAGAGAUGCUGUGAUAGAGACGUUGACUCAAACUGAGUCUACAGUACAGUAUGUCCAUUUGGGAAGGCUACUGAGAGUGAGAAUGGCCUUUGCUGGACUGCAGCAGGAGAUGUAUUCUGCACUGAUUCUGGACAUACCUUGCAGAGGGCGAAACCAUCCCUCUGAGAACAAGAGGGUGGACACCAAUCUUCUGUUGUACCACACAUAUCUGAUGAUGAUAACGCAUUAAUACAUCACACCCAAUAGCCAGUGUGACUCUUUGUGCCUCUCUGAUGCAUCAUAUCCUCCUCUUCUCGCUCUGUCUCUUCGCUCUCACGUCGAAGCUCCACAGCUUGUGUACGGUGUAUGGAAUGAAUGCCACUAUUGAACAUGCCUGCUGCAACCAUAAAUUAAACACUUCAAUUUGAGUCUGAUCAGCAUGUAGGGGAAAAGAGUGUCCAAGGUUUUUCUUUUUUUUGUUGCUAUUGGCUCCUGCUUUGUAGGCAGAAAAACAGGCAGGGCCUGCACGGCGUUUUGUUUAGCCUUUUCAAAUGUUGAGUUAUUUCUUAAUCCACUGCUGAAGAGAUUCAAACCGUAUGUUUUACACAUGAUACAUUAGAACCACAAUGCUACGAGAGUUGUGUUGAAAAGGAACAUCUGGGUUCUCUGAAGACUUUUAAAGAGGAACAUCCAGAGCUGCCAGGAUCACCAGUCUAUUUGUGUGUCCCAGGAAUCCACCACUUACAACAACAACAAAGUGUUUACAAGGUAAACAAACCUUGGACAAAGGCAGAGAUGGGGAGACUGCAACAAAGGCAGGAACAGUUGACAGAAACAGAUUAUCUAUCAGUUAUAAUAAGACUGCCUACAGUUUGGACCAUAAAGCAAUUCCCUCUAUUUGUGUUCUUUGUGUUUCAAGUAGUCCUCAGCUUAAAUACCCAGGAAGCAAUAGAUUUUCUAACAUAGGAGUUUGUCUGUGUUCAUAUCCUUAGUCCGGGGAUGUCCUCAUGGUAACAUAGGAGAUCUCGCCAAAAUGAUCUGUUGUUUGGGAUAAAAUGUAACUAUUGUAUUUACAGAUACAGUACAGUAUGCACAUUAUGCUGUAAUUGUUUUAUUUGUUAUGAUUAUAAUUUAUGAAGAACAAAUGGGGGGGGGGGGGGCAGAAAUCCCCCCCCAAAAAAAUCUAUGUGUUUGUUUUGAUUUGAUGAAGGUGGUAUAGGUUACAGACUUGAGUCCUGGAGGUCUGAGGCGAUGGGAGGUCAUAUGCUGCCUAUGUAGCCAUGUUAGCCAUGUAUCCAUCAUUAAGGUAACACUACAUCUUUGAAUGCCAAUGUCACAACCCCUCUUCAUCUGUUCGAGUGUUCCAGUCCCUAACCACCCACCCUGAAAUCUAGAUGUGUUACUGAAGUAGGAUACAAAACAGUACAUUUAGUUGUAUACAGAACAACAAUACCAUGUUUCCUCCCUACAAUUUACAAUAAUAACAUGUUCCCUUUCUACAACUUACAACAAUACCAUGUUUCCUCUCUACAGCGGUGUCGGUGGAGACAGUUAUUCUCAUGAAAAUGAAAAUAAUUCACCUGUUUCAAACAAGUUGCGCUAAAUUGUGGAUGCUUAGCCAAAGUGGACCAUUCUGUUGAUGUUAUGAAGGAAUACUUGUUUAUCCUCUUUUCAAUGAAAGUGACCCAUCUGUUUCUCACCCAUAUUUAUGAGGGUGGCUGGACAGCUGUCAUUAACUGUCCUCCACACCCUUCCUUAAGCUCUUCUCCCUCCUGGUCUGCCUGAUAUUAACCCACCAAAGAGCCAUGGAAAAGAAAAUGCUCUUAGAAUAUUUUGUUCAGAAGGAAAAAAGAGAAGAUUUAUAUUAGAAUGAUUUUAAUAUCGGUGCCUGCAGGCAUGUAGUCAUGUUUGAUUAAUGCAGGCAUGUUUGAUUAAAGUCAUUUUAUUGUGUGUGUUGUCAUAAACAUAUUGCUAUAUUGGACAGCAGGAUGUUAGUGACCAACAAGUGUUUUGGUUUUAAUAAACCAAGCUUAAAAUAUGUUAUGAUAUUUCAUUCUGGCUGGAUAAUUGUUAACAAGUAAUGUGUUUACUAACUCAGUCUGUACUACUGUCUGCACUACUGAGAUUUCAUGAAGAACUCCGACAUUUUGAAGUUAGCAGAGACAAUUCCGACCGUUUUGACUGUACAGUAGUCAGUAGCUAGUGUAAAAUCUGGCAUCUGAGUGUGUGGUUGUACAUGCAACAUUCAUGCGCACACAUGAGUGAGUGAGUGAAUGAAAUAAUCGGACGAUUUGCUGUAAAAAAAAAAGUAGAAUUAGGACAUGUUUCAAAUCCUGACUUAUCCAUAUGCUAACAUAUCAACUAAAUCAGCUCCAGUUAAUAGCCAUAGUCAUCAUUUUAGUAACACAUUUUGUCCUAAUAUAUCCUCACAUGUCCCAUACACAUAACUGUACAAUGGAGGAAGCCAUUGAUUAUGAGAGAGAAAGGCAGUGCAUUCACCAUUCAUUUAGAUCUGUUUGAUUUAUAGAAUUGUGACCCGCUCUGCUCCAUUGUGACCCGCUCUGCUCCAUUGUACCUCUGCGUUACAGCUUUUAUUCAGAACGUAUGCCGUGGAUUUCAAUGUGUCAGUGGAAUUGCUGUAAGGAGACUUACUGGGGUGCUGUAGUCUCCCUCGCCUUUUGAGAAAACAGACCUGUCCUUAAGGCACCUAUUUUGAGACCAAUACAUGAACGUAGAGUUUGGUAUCGCACUUCAUGGUACUAUUAGCCUGUGUGGGAGAUCUUGUCUGAAUAUUAUGAUACCAAGCUAAGCCCAAUUCAUGUUUCCAAUCAUAGGAUCAUAGGAAACAGACACACAAAUGCUUAGUCAAUAACCCUCAUUCUGCCUUAGCUCUGUCAACAUUAGCAAAAUAACUAAUUUUCAGCUUUUCUGUUCCAGUUCUGUGUAAAAUGAAGUCUACUGUAUUUAUGGAGAUGAAUACCCUCAUCUGAAGGAAAAAUAUAUUAGUAGUAGCAAAGUGGUAUCUACACUUGUAGAAGGAGGACACUUUCAAAAUUCACUGCCAUGUUAUAUGACUCAUAUAUAGAUAAUAUCUCUCAAGGCUCUAUGCUAUGCUGUGUAUCGUUCAUUUGCAAGAUGUACUUUGUUUUUUCAAAUAACUGCCAAACAGUUUGUAACCAUCUGCUGUCCGAACUGUAACUACUGUAUGUAUCAACACGUCACUAAUCCAAAACAUGAUCUAAUUUGGAGGGGCUUGCACUUUCAGUUCCUUUUGGUUUUACUCCAGACUGCCCACUGUGAUGCUUUAGGACAUUUUCUGUGGUUUGGAGAAAAAAAUUGCAAGGAAAGAUGAAGGUUAUUUGAGUUUAUAUAGGUUAGUCAUCUCUCUAACCUUGUCUUAUGGUUGUACAAUAUGUAUUGUAUGUAUCAUACUAGAGGCAUUGGGUUCUUAGGUUUAUUUAUUGUGAUGUUCAUCAAUACAUUUAGGAUUAAUCAUGUUAAUAAAACAGUUGAGUAAUUAGGCUUCAA